AAUGGUCGUUGCAGGGUGGGACGCCUCGCUUGGCGUUCAUUCCUUAGUGAACAAAUUCACUUAGACAAUGAAGCAUCCACAUGUUUUCGUCCAAGGCUGAUUGGUUUAUCUUUGGCCAGCAGAUCUAAGCGACAAGUGACAUAAGUUUAGUGUUCUCAGGUGUACCCCGGGCCCGGUCCCAAGCCUCACACCGCGGGAUCAUGACAAAGGAGGCCCUCAUGGAAGACCUGGUGAAGCGCUCAGCCGAUGGGGCAUCGGGGGGAUUGGCAUCCGAUCAGGGUGGCGGGGGGAUUCCGAUAUGGAAGGAGGUGGUUGGUGGAGAUAAUCUAGGCGUGUUUUCCGGAACCGUCAUGUUUAUCCUGUUGGCGACUGGAUUGGUCGGCAGCAUCCUUUGUUUGAUCUGCGCAUUUUGUUGCGCAAAGCAUGGCCAUUCCCAAAAGAAGAAGAAGCAUCUCUUUGGAGUGAAGAAAACCAACUACUUUAGGGACAAGAUGAUGUCAAAACCCGUACGGAACCCACCUCCAGUGAUCAAUCCGGACAAAGGUUCGCACUAUUUGAAGAAGAGUCCCAGUCCAACGGGAGCAAAAUCCCCUCCGGGUGGAAGUUCCCACAAAACCGCGGAAGAUUAUUCUCAACGCAAGGCAGUUUUGACAUCCAAUCCUCCAUAUCAGGGACCGGCGGCUCCCCAGAUAAAGGCCAGUGCUCCGCAGUCCCAACUCACUACCCAAACGGUGUACCACGAGGCCAACGAAAGCCAUGCCUCGGAGGCCGGAGGAUCCUCCUUGAGACGAGCCUCCUCGGGCUUGGAUCUGGAUCAGAUGCCCUUGGGCGCCUCGUUAGAGACUGCUUUGGGCACAUUACAUUGCACCGUGAAGUAUUGCUUCGAUAAGAACGCACUGAUCGUCACCAUCAACAAAUGUCAGAACCUACCAGCCAAGGACAUGGCCGCCAAGAGCAGCGACCCCUACGUGAAGCUCCAAUUGUUGCCGGAGAAGCAGCACAAAGUUAAGACCAGGGUAAUGCGAAGAACACUCAACCCAUGUUACGACGAGGACUUCACUUUCUAUGGAAUAAGCUUCAAUCAAGUUCCGAGUUUAACUCUGCACUUCGUGGUUCUGAGUUUCGAUCGAUACUCUCGCGAUGAUGUCAUUGGAGAAGUCAUGGUCGACCUCGGGGAUUUGGACCUCAGUUCCAGUGACCAUCAGCCAAUUGCGGUGGCCAAGGAGAUCACACCAAGAAGCUUUAAGUUGAAGACCCAAGGGCGAGGUGAGAUUCUUGUCUCACUCUGCUACCAACCGGCCGCUAAUAGGAUCACUGCAGUGGUCUUGAAGGCCCGAAACUUGCCGAAGAUGGAUAUAACGGGGCUAUCAGAUCCUUAUGUAAAGAUCUACUUGUUGUACAAUAACCAGAGGAUCGCCAAGAAGAAGACCCAUGUCAAGAAACGGACUUUGAAUCCAGUCUUCAACGAGUCUUUCGUCUUUGAUCUUCCACAUUUGGAUGAUCAUGGCUUGAAGAACAUCAGCUUGGAAUUCCUUCUCCUGGAUUGGGAUCGGGUGACCAAGAAUGAGGUAAUUGGUCGAUUGGAUCUUGGAGGUCCCAAUUGUGCUGGAACAGCCCUCCAACAUUGGAACGAAGUGGUGACCUCGCCUCGUCGUCAGAUUGCGGAAUGGCACAAACUUCAAGAAUAACAUGGCCCUUCGUUUCGUAGGCGAAAAACAUGCCCCUAACCUGCUCGGAAGAAACUCAAGGCGGAACCUUGGGCUUGAAGAGGAAAUUGCGUUUGAUCAACAUGAAGACUUGAACACCCAAAUCUUUAAAAUCCACAAACACCCACCCACUCUAUUCACCCUGUCACUUUCUCCAAAAAGCCACCUAGCCCGCUAUAAGCCCCUUAAGAUUAUAAUCAUUAUAGAGAUAUACGUACAUAUUUUCGUUGUUGUUGAUUCACGAAAGCACCUGAAAAUCGCCACGCCUCCAGUUCAUCCCAAAUCAUCACCAUCACUUUUGAUUUCCCGACUUUGUUGACAUUUUAGCCCCGCUCAAAUUUGAUCAGUGUUGCCAGAUUUCUGUACACAAUUUGCGAAGCAGUACCUUCCGAAUACUCAACCCUAAACCCAACAAACCAAACUGUGUCAAUGUUAGAAAUGAUGUAGCGAGAAUUGUCAAUUCGAUCCUAGUUACAGGAGAUUCCUAAAUUCGAUGAUUGCUAUAUUUUUACCAAUAAACCAAUUGGCCAAUCUCA